CUGUCUAUCUCUUAUUCUUAUUUUUUCAGAGUCGCUGAACUUUCGCCUCUACACCGGAAAAUUCACAAAUCAAGUUAUCUUAAUGUUAUACGAACCAUUAAUGUACCCUCCUUCCCCGAAUCAAUCUCGGACGGAGACGUCUCUUGGAAAAAGUCAGUCGGUGAUGCUGUUCAAGUAGAUGAGGUGGUUGCGGAGGUUGAAACUGAUAAAACCUCUAUCCCUGUCAUAUCACCAGUAAACGGUGUCAUAAUAGAACUCCUUUUUGAAGAAGGUGAUAAAGUAACUUACGAUCAACCACUAGUCAAAAUCGACGAACGUGAAGUUGCUCUGGGUAGAUCCUCUGCGGCCGAGGAGUCAUCAUCUCUUUCAUUGACUGAUGCGUCUACGCCAGCACCUUUACAGGCUGAAGGAGACUCAGAGUCAUCAUUUUCGCCUCUUUCCGCAGCCUCUGUAGUGUCUCCGCCACGUCCAUCUCACGUGGCUGGACCCACGUCUUUUUCUCCAACCUUUGCUCGCACUGCUGAACGCCUGAAGGAAGCACAAAAUGCUUGCGCUAUGCUAACCACUUUUAAUGAGCUUGACAUGUCAAACCUGAUUGAUAUGCGCGCUCAAUACAAGGAAGCCUUCUUUAGAAAACACGGUGUUAAAAUGGGUAUCAUGUCAUGCUUCUCGAAGGCAGCAGUGUUUGCCUUGCAAGAUCAGCCGAUUGUUAAUGCUUACAUUGACGGUAAGGAAAUCGUAUACAGAAAUUAUGUCGAUUUGAGCAUUGCGGUGGCCUCUUCCAAAGGACUUGUUGUUCCUGUCUUGCGCAACGUUGAAUCCAUGGACUUUGCUGCUAUUGAGCGGGGGCUCUUCGAAUUGGGCGAAAAGGCCAGGAGUGGCAGCAUAGCAGUAGAGGAUAUGGAUGGUGGUACUUUUACAAUAAGCAACGGAGGAGUUUUUGGCUCUCUCUUCAGCACACCUAUCGUUAAUCCACCACAGUCAGCGAUCUUGGGACUUCAUGGCACUUUCGAUCGUCCAGUUGUUCGGAAUGGUCAAGUUGUGAUCAGGCCAAUGAUGUACGUGGCUCUAUCUUACGAUCACCGUUUGAUAGAUGGCCGAGAAGCUGUUUUGUUCCUCCGGAAAAUUAAGUCGUUUGUCGAAGAUCCGCGUGUGUUCUUCUUAGAUUUGUAA